AUGCUUAGAGUUGCCUUUUCUGACCCUGUUCAUCUUGGCUACGGCUACUACUUUGGUGAAGACUAUUAUGAUCAAGACUACAUCGACCUCUGUGACUACCAUGAAGAUUACCGCAAUAAUUCUAGGGCUUUUGGUGGAGAUCAGUCGAUCGACAUAACAAAAUGGCAUGUCGGCACGCUGGGAUACAUGUCUCCGAAGUAUGCCUACUCCGGCCAAGUCUCUACCAAGUCUGACAUGUACAGCUUUGGAGUCAUCGUUCUCGAGAUCGUGACUGGUCGGAGGAACAAUAGGCCACUAGAAGAUAAUAACACAGCCUCCAGAUCUCUGCUCAGAUACGUAUGGGAUAAGUGGAGCACAGGGACGACACAGGAGGCGGUGGAUCCUUCCCUGCGCAGACGUUACACCGUGGGCGAGGUGCUCAACUGCGUGCGGAUCGGGCUGCUGUGUGUUCAGGAGGACCCGAGCACCGGGCCGGACGCGGCGGAGGUGGUCCUCAUGCUCGACAGCCACUCCACAUCUAUCACCAUGCGGACUCCCUCCAGGCUGGCCUUGUGCUUCACACAGCCUGGCAUCGUCAACCAUGCUAUGGCCAGCGGCCACCUGCCUACCCCCGGUUCAGACAAUGAAGUGACCAUCUCCGAUCUCCAGCCUAGGUAA